UAGGAUUAUGAAACUGUAGAAAGGAAGGGAACCCAGGCCAGCAGAAUCACUCUCCUCAGCUUUUCACUGGAGUGUGCAGGGCCCCGCCCUCCAGAACAGAGGCCUGCUCCACUCAAAUCACAACUCACCUUGAUUGCAGGUUUUUAUGGCUCCACAUUCUUAAAGGCAAAUCAACUAGCUGCUGAAUCACUGGACCUUAAAGUUUACCAAGCGCUGUUGUGUUUGUGUGUUGAUCUUUAGGCGCAACCAGCGUUCUGGUGAAAGUACCGGCCUCUCAGUGGGGAGUUUCAAGAGGUGUGCUUUUCACUUUCUAGUUUGCCUGGAUUGGAUUUAACUUGUUUGAGCACCUGCACAGCCCUGCUGCUACCGCUGCUUCCCAGCCAGCAUGGUUUCAAACUUCCAGUGGAUUGAAGACAUCUCCCCCCACCCCACCUAGAAUCAAGGCAAUGUUGAAAAAGAAUAUGACCCCGAGAAGAACGCAGCAGGUGGGGGUGGGGCCUUCCACAGAGCAUGCCUACAUCUACAGGGUGGUUCUGCUGGGGAGCACAGCCGUGGGAAAGUCAAGCAUAGCCUUCUGCUAUGUGAAAAAUGACUUCAAAGAAUUCAUGUCCACUGUGGGAUGUUCUUUCUUCACCCAGCUGGUAUAUUUUCAGACUGCCACGAUUAAGCUGGAGAUCUGGGACACUGCAGGACAAGAGAAAUACCAUAGCGUUUGCCAUCUUUAUUACAGGGGGGUGAAGGCUGCCCUUCUUGUAUAUGACAUUGCCAGAAAGAUAAGACCAGAGAUGGCUUGCAACUUUUGCGAGAGCAAAGCUAUGGUUGAGGGAAUGGAGAAGGAAUUUCUUCCCAAUGAGCAUGUGAUUGUUUUAGUUGACAAUAAGACAGAUCUUGCUUCUCAGCGGGAAGUCAUUUUUGAGGUGGCGGAGGAGUUUGCAAAGAGCAAAAGCUUAAUCUAUAUGGAAACAUUGGCAAAAUCCAACCAUCAAGUGACUGAGGUGUUUAUGGCCACAGGAGCAAGGGGUGAAGUCCUGUCCCUCUGGCCAUUGUGA